AUGCCCGUUUACUGCGCUGGAUUCGAGGACCCUGCAGGCGGUCUGGCCAGGCCUUGCAUCUUCGCUCACGAUGGCAAUGGCGGCCGAGCACGGCCCACUGGAAAGCGCUGCAUGUUGUGCUGCUUAGAAAAGCUGCAGCAGGCGCUCUCUUCCCGCGUAGCCAAAGGAAACUUGCAUAGGCUCCUUAAGCACUGGCGCCGAAUAGGGUCGCCGACAUACGAAGCUGCCUUUGGACUGGGUUCUCUCUGUGCGCUAUCUACCAACGAGCAUUGUCUUCUUCGUGCAAGGGCCGGAGAAGGAUGCGACUUCGAUUUGCAGACCAGUUGGCUACACAAGAAGAAGCAGCGUUUGGAACAUUUCGUGAUGGGCCGCCCGAUCCCUGCUGCUAGCCCGGACAUCAGCCAAGGCAGUCAGAAGUAUUUGAAAGCAAAAGCCAAGUGGUACAAGGGGAAUCGCGAUUUCCGUCUGCAUUGGAGAUAUCGGCAGUAUCGUGUAAAGGAGCCUUUUGCAAACAUCAAGACGAGGUGCAAGCGCCGAACAUAUUGGCGUGGCAGAAACGCCAUUGUGAGGGGCAUGCGCCGUGCAUGGUGGAGAGCUCGGCGUAUCUUGAAAACGAAGUAUUUGGCAGCGAUGGCGGCAGGACCACCUUACAAUAGGUCUGGCUUGAAGUGGGCUGUGGAAGAAGGCUUACUGGAGACCGGCAUUCAAGUACCUCUCGCAGAUGGGGCGGUGCAACUGUGCCAACCGAGAUGGAGCUUUCUCACUCCUGCCGGAGAUGUUCUGUACUUCGAAAGCUUGGACGACCGCAAAAGUUCGAAGACGAAGCGGCUUCAAAGCGCCAAGGUUUCCAUCAACAACGCUUUCGGAAGACCAGAAUAUGCCAUUGACCGAGAAGAGUAUGUCCAUGACUGGAGCUCUCACAUGAUUCGCAACGGCGUGAUAUUCUCGCCGCCCUAUGUCGACAGCAUGUUGGAAAGGCUCGGCUUCAAGCUGCAACUCUUGCGCGAGUACAGUGCGUGGCCAGCAGGAGCCAGCGGCCUGCUACAAAUCCGCAGCACCACAGGGAGUGCCGCUGCAGGCUAUUGGGCCGCUCUGAUACCAAUUGAAGGCAGAGUGUACUUGCUAGCGCUCAUCCUCAAGCAGAACGCAGCCGCCACGCUUAUCCUCAUGCAGAAGAGGGGCCAGGGAGUACAGCCGCCACGCUUAUCCGGUGCCAGGCAAAGAGGUGCAGCCGCCACGCUUAUCCUCAACCAGAAUGGGGGCCAGGGGAAGAGGCGACCAGAAUGGGGGCCAGGGGGAAGAGGCGCAGCCGCCACGCUUAUCCUCAACCAGCAUAGGGGCCAGGGGUACAGCCGCCACGCUUAUCCGGUGCCAGGCGAAGAGGUGCAGCCGCCACGCUGUGCAGCCGCCACGCUUAUCCUCAACCAGAAUGGGGGCCAGGGGGAAGAGGCAAGAGGUGCAGCCGCCACGCUCGUCCUCAACCAGAAUGGGGGCGAAGAGGUGCAGCCGCCACGCGCGAAGAGGUGCAGCCGCCACGCUUAUCCUCAACCAGAAUGGGGGCCAAAAGGCGAAGAGAUGCAGCCGCCACGCUUAUCCUCAACCAGAAUGGGGGCCAGGGGGAAGAGGCGCAGCCGGGUGCCAGGCGAAGAGGUGCAGCCGCCACGCUUAUCCUCAACCAGAAUGGGGGCCAGGGGGAAGAGGCGCAGCCGCCACGCUUACCGCCACGCUUUUCCGGUGCCAGGCGAAGAGGUGCAGCCGCCACGCUUAUCCUCAACCAGGGGGGCCAGGGGGUACAGCCGCCACGCUUAUCCGGUGCCAGGCGAAGGUGCAGCCGCCACGCUUAUCGUCCUCAACCAGAAUGGGGGCCAGGGGGAAGAGCCGCCACGCUUAUCCUCAACCAGAAUAGGGGGCAGGGGGUACAGCCGCCACGCUUAUCCGGUGCCAGGCGAAGAGGUGCAGCCGCCACGCGCGAAGAGGUGCAGCCGCCACGCUUAUCCUCAACCAGAAUGGGGGCCAAAAGGCGCAGCCGCCACGCUUAUCCUCAACCAGAACAGGGGCCAGGGGGUACAGCCGCCACGCUUAUCCGGUGCCAGGCGAAGAGAUGCAGCCGCCACGCUUAUCCUCAACCAGAAUGGGGGCCAGGGGGAAGAGGCGCAGCCGGGUGCCAGGCGAAGAGGUGCAGCCGCCACGCUUAUCCUCAACCAGAAUGGGGGCCAGGGGGAAGAGGUGCAGCCGCCACGCUUAUCCUCAACCAGAAUAGGGGUCAGGGGGUACAGCCGCCACGCUUAUCCAGUGCCAGGCCAGGGGGAAGAGGCGCAGCCGCCACGCUUACCGCCACGCUUUUCCGGUGCCAGGCGAAGAGGUGCAGCCGCCACGCUUAUCCUCAACCAGAAUGGGGGCAGGGGGAAGAGCGCAGCCGCCACGCUUAUCCUCAACCGGGGCCAGGGGGUACAGCCGCCACGCUUAUCCGGUGCCAGGCGAAGAGGCGCAGCCGCCACGCUUAUCCUCAACCAGAAUAGGGGCCAGGGGGUACAGCCGCCACGCUUAUCCGGUGCCAGGCGAAGAGGUGCAGCCGCCACGCUUAUCCUCAACCAGAAUGGGGGCCAGGGGCAAAAGGCGCAGCGAAGAGGUGCAGCCGCCACGCUUAUCCUCAACCAGAAUGGGGGCCAGGGGGAAGAGGCGCAGCCGCGAAGAGGUGCAGCCGCCACGCUUAUCCUCAACCAGAAUGACGCUUAUCCGGUGCCAGGCGAAGAGGUGAAGAGGUGCAGCCGCCACGCUUAUCCUCAACCAGAAUGGGGGCGAAGAGGUGCAGCCGCCACGCUUAUCCUCAACCAGAAUGGGGGCGCAGCCGCCACGCUUAUCCUCAACCAGAAUAGGGGCCAGGGUGUACAGCUGCCACGCUUAUCCGGCGCCAGGCGAAGAGGUGCAGCCGCCACGUUUAUCCUCAACCAGAAUGGGGGCCAGGGGGAAGAGGCGCAGCCGCCACGCUUAUCCUCGACCAGAAUAGCAGCCGCCACGCUUAUCCGGUGCCAGGCGAAGAGGCGAAGAGGUGCAGCCGCCACGCUUAUCCUCAACCAGAAUAGGGGCGAAGAGGUGCAGCCGCCACGCUUAUCCUCAACCAGAAUGGGGGCCAGGGGCAAAAGGCGAAGAGGUGCAGCCGCCACGCUUAUCCUCAACCAGAAUGGGGGCCAGGGGGAAGAGGCGCUCAUCCUCAAGCAGAAUGCGGAAGCCACAACAAGAGGCGAAGAGGUGCAGCCGCCACGCUUAUCCUCAACCAGAAUGGGGGCCAGGGGGAAGAGGCGAAGAGGUGCAGCCGCCACGCUUAUCCUCAACCAGAAUGACGCUUAUCCGGUGCCAGGCGAAGAGGUGCAGCCGCCACGCUUUAUCCUCAACCAGAAUGGGGGCCAGGGGGAAGAGGCGCAGCCGCGAAGAGGUGCAGCCGCCACGCUUAUCCUCAUCCAGAUAGAGGCGCAGCCGCGAAGAGGUGCAGCCGCCACGUUUAUCCUCAACCAGAAUGGGGGCCAGGGGGAAGAGGCGCAGCCGCGAAGAGGUGCAGCCGUCACGCUUAUCCUCAACCAGAAUGGGGGCCAGGGGGAAGAGGCGCAGCCGCGAAGAGGUGCAGCCGCCACUGGGGGCCAGGGGGAAGAGGUGAAGAGGUGCAGCCGCCACGCUUAUCCUCAACCAGAAUGGGGGCGAAGAGGUGCAGCCGCCACGCUUAUCCUCAACCAGAAUGGGGGCGAAGAGGUGCAGCCGCCACUCAACCUGGAUGAGGCGCUUAUCCUCAACCAGUAUGGGGUCCCCGGUGCGUGGUGUCAACCUGAAGAAGACGGAGGCAGGGACAAGGCGGGGACAAGGCCGGAGCGCUUAUCCUCAACCAAUAUGGGGUUCCAGGUGCGUGGUCUCAGCCCGAAGAACACGGAGUCGGGGGGGUCCCCGGUGCGUGGUGUCAACCUGAAGAAGACGGAGGCGGGGACAAGCCCGGAGCGCUUAUCCUCAACCAAUAUGGGGUUCCAGGUGCGUGGUCUCAGCCCGAAGAACACGGAGGUGCGUGGUCUCAACCUGAAGAAGACGGAGGCGCAUGCAGAAGUGGUGCUUAUCUUCAACCUGAAGAAAGACAGAGACGGGACGAGGCCGGAGGGCUCGCAUGCAGAAGUGGCUCGCUUAUCCUCAACCAAUAUGGGGUACCAGGUGCCUGCUCAUGCUCUAAUGACACUCCCCCAUUAA